CAGAUCCUCGAUGUGAAGACGCCAUGUUUAAAGUGGCCGUGGUGAAGUGAGGACCACACAGGAACAUCCUGGCUCAGAGUUUUAGAAGCAACAAUGGCCACGGUCGUCCUGUUGGUGGCCUUGAUACUGCUAUCAGUGCCAGAGAGCUGUCAAGUUGCUGGCUACAUCACCGCCUGUUAUUUCACCAGCUGGUCUGCUCAAACCAGUCUCACCAAAGUUCGUCUUCCAGUGAAAGAAAUUGAUCCUAACCUGUGCACACACAUAAUCUACGCCUUCGCAAAACUAGACGUACCGUCCAAGUCUGUUGUUGCUAUAGAUCCAGGUAAUGAAUACAGCCACAAUGGUGUUUGGGGAAACUAUAAGAAGUUUAACCACCUCAAGUCAAAGAAUCCGAACCUGAAGACUCUGUUGUCAGUUGGCGGUGAAACCCCUGGCAUAGCCGAGGAGUUUUCCAUGUUGUCAGCUUCGACACCUUCCUUGCAACAGUUUGCCAACAAUACGAUCAGAUUUUUAAGGGAACAUGGAUUUGAUGGCUUAGAUGUUGACUGGGAGUAUCCCUAUACUUCAACAAAAUCUCGGUUUACCAAUUUUCUCAAGAUCUUGCGGAAGGAAUUCGACAAUGAGGCGAAAGAUGGGGAGCCUUUGUUGCUGACCAUAGCUGCUGCAGCUGGGGUAGAUAAGAUAAGCGCCGGCUAUGACGUUGAGGCCAUCAACAAGUAUGUGGACUACAUUUUCGUUAUGACGUUCGACUUCUACGGAACAUGGAGUCGCGUGACCGGUUUCAACAGCCCCCUCCGAGCCAAGAAGCACAUCCACUUCAACCCAGCCUACAACGUGGAAUACGCCGUCAACGUGUGGAUCAACCGGGGAGCUGACAGGAGCAAGGUGAUCAUGGGGAUGACGGCUGCAGGUGCUAGCUUCACCCUCAGCAACAAAAACAACAACACCGUCGGGGCGCCCGUCAAGGUCGGAGGGGGGCGACCUGGAAUACUCUACAAACGAAGAGGCAGACUUCUCCUGCCAGAGAUCUGCUUGUCCUUCAAGACGGGCUGGACUCGAGUUUGGGACGAGGAGCAGCAAGUGCCCUACGCCUACAAAGGCGACCAGUGGGUGGGGUACGAUGACCAGUACAGCUUUGGCCUCAAGGUUCAGUAUGCUGUGGAGGAACAGCUGGGAGGAGUAAUGUUUUGGGAGCUCAGUUUUGACGACCCAAACAACUACUGCAAAAAUGGGUCCUAUCCUUUGCUUAAUGUUGUCAAGAAUAAAUUUGCCAGUAGUCCAAUAGAUACAUCUCCACCAAAAACACGAGAGAGGGGCCCAAUAGAGGCGUAUCCGCUACGAACACGGGAGCCCGACCGAUCGGUGACAUCUCCGCCAAGAACAUGGGAUAGAGGCCCAAUAAAGGCAUCUCCACCAAGACCAUGGGUGAGAAGUCCAAAAGAGACAUCUCCGCCAAGAACACGAGUGAGAGGUCAAUCAGAGGUAUCUCCCCCGAGAACUCGGAUGAGAAGCCCGAUAGAGGCAUCUCCCUCAAGAACACGGGUGAGAAGCCCGAUAGAGGCACAUCCCUCAAGAACACGCGUGAGAGGUCCAACAGAGGCAUCUCCCUCAAGAACACGGGUGAGAAGCCCGAUAGAGGCACAUCCCUCAAGAACACGAGUGAGAGGUCCAACAGAGGCACCUUCCUCGAGAACUCGGGUGAGAGAACCAUCUCGAAAGGUGUGGAGAUCUAAAGGGAUAAUUGACCAAUACAUGGCAACAAUAAAGAGAGCUUCUACAAGAACAAGGGCUGCAACUUCUCCACGGCCAAGAUGGGUAACGCCUACAAGAAAAAGUGUCACAAUGAAGAAAAAAGAGACACCCUUCACUACAAAGUGGGGAGCAACAUCAGUGAGGAACUGGGAAAUAUUUUUCACAACCAAGAUGCCACCGACCACAGAUGUAGCUGAAGAAACAUUUACUUCCAAGGCAACUUCUACAAGCACAGGUGAACCUACUUCUACAAGUACAGGGGAGACAACUUCUACAAGUACAGGGGAGAUUACUUUUGCAAAUAUUGGCGAGGUCACUUCCACUAGCUACGUACCACAGACAACAGGCGCAAAUACACCGGUCGUUAUGACCAAACGUAUCAGUCAAUUUCACGGUGGCAGAGCAACAAGUCUUACCAGUCACGCUUAUAGAUGUAUCAGCGACCUACUCAUUGUUACAGUGUGCGUUUGUGGAAUCCUUAUGAAUAUGAGCGUAACCAUGGCCACUAUCUACCUGCUGACAGCCUUGAUGCUGAUGUCAGUGCCAGAAAACUGCAAAGUUGCUGGCUUCAUCACAGCCUGUUAUUUCACCAGCUGGUCUGCUCAAACCUCCAAUACCCAAGUUCGUCUUCCAGUGGAGGACACUGAUCCUGAUCUGUGCACACAUCUGAUCUACGCCUUUGCAAAACUGGAUGUGCAGGCCAAGACCAUAGCUGCAAUAGACCCAGCUCAUGAAUAUGAGAACUUUAACCAUCUCAAAUCGAAGAAUUCAAACCUGAAGACCCUGUUGUCAGUUGGCGGUGAGGGUUCAGCGAAUGAGUUUUCCCAACUGUCAGCCUCGUCGUCUUCCUUUCAACAGUUUGCUCUAAAUACUAUCACAUUCUUGAGGAAGUAUGGUUUUGAUGGAUUAGAUGUUGACUGGGAGUACCCCACUGCUAAAACAAAACAGAAUUUUACAGAUUUUCUCAAGAUUUUGCGACAAGAGUUUACUAAGGAGGCGACGAAUAGGGAGCCACUGUUGUUGACCACAGCAGUUGCCGCAGGUGAAGAUAAGAUAAAAGCCGGCUAUGACAUCAAGGCAGUCAGUGCGAAUGUGGACUUCAUUUUCGUAAUGACGUACGAUUUUUCCGGAAGUUGGAGCACUGUCACUGGAUUUAACAGCCCCCUCUAUGCCAGGAACGACACUCGCUUCUCGAAAAUUUAUAAUGUGCAAUACGCCCUGAACGUGUGGAUCAAUGGGGGUGCGGACAGGAGCAAGGUGAUCAUGGGGAUGACGGGUGCAGGAGCUAGCUUCACACUCAGCAACAUUAGCGAUCAUAACGUCGGGUCCCCUGUCAUAGUCGGAGGAGGGCGCCCCGGUCCUCUCUAUAAGAAAACAGGCAGACUUAUCUAUCCAGAGGUAAAUAUAUCUAUCUGCGUUUGUAAGUAGGAAACGUCAUUGCAAGAUACUAAGGGCAAAAAUAGCUGUGAAAAUUAUAUGAAUUUCUUAAAACUCUUAUGAUUGAUUAUGCAUUGCUUCUACUAAUAUGACUACUGCCCCUGCUGCUACUGCUACUGCUUCCGCUACCGCUACUUCUAGUGGUAAUAUACUGAACCAAAUUAAAAACUCCACAAUCCUAAAAUUUUAACAUUUUGACCAGUUAUC